CAUCACUUCCGUAAACAAAGGGCGCUUGCCCUGGGUCUGUGACCCAGUCUGGCGACCUGGGUGGGCUCUUGCUGCAACUCUGGCAGAGGCUUUAAACUCUUACCUUUUCCAGACGAGGAAGGGUAACCACAGCCCUUUCUUCCUUCGGUCUUAAUGAAGCUGGUAUUGAUGCAACAAAGAUUUUAAGACAAUGGAAGAGCGGAAAGCAAAGAGGAAGAGUCCCAAGUCCUUCAGUGCCCACUCUACUCAGGUUGUUAAUGCCAAAAAAAAUACCAUCCCAGCUAGCAAAAGCACAGGGUUUUCAAAUCCCGCGUCGCAGUCAACUUCCCAGAGGCCAAAGUUAAAAAGGGUGACGAAAGAAAAGAACAAACCUCCAGGAGGAGAAGGGAAGGGUGCCCAGGCCACACCCAUCCAGCACUCCUUCCUCACCGACGUCUCUGAUGUCCAGGAGAUGGAGCGCGGGCUCCUUAGUCUGCUGAACGAUUUCCACUCGGGAAAGCUGCAGGCGUUUGGAAAUGAAUGUUCCAUAGAACAGAUGGAACAUGUCCGGGGAAUGCAGGAAAAAUUAGCGCGCUUGAAUUUGGAGCUCUACGGGGAGUUAGAAGAACUUCCGGAGGAUAAGCGGAAAGCAGUCAGUGACGCCAACCUGGACAGGCUUCUGUCUGACUUAGAAGAAUUGAAUUCUUCUAUACAGAAACUGCAUUUGGCCGAUGCGCAGGACGUUCCCAGUGCACCCAGCAGCUAACGCGGCCCGCAGCCUGCAGCCUGCUCUGAGACUUGCAGGGAAGCAGCAGUCAUUACUUCCAGCCCAGUCCAGUGGCAGAAUCAUCUCCCGCAACAGACUCUCGAGUCACGAGAAUGCAAGUGCAGUGAUCAUGUCCACACGCCACUUCCAGUCCAUGUGCUCGCUGUACUCCACCGCUGGGGAGGCCGUGGCCCGCCUGUAGGUCUCCUCGGGAAGUGGGGUACAGAGAUGUGCUGCUGUGCUUUCUUUUGUUGCCUUAAGGGUUAUACUUGAAAUGCAUCGUGCUAAACGUUCAGUCGGGCUGAAGGAUUCGUCCUUGCCAUGGCCGCACUGACCCAGUGCCGGUCACACGGUGGUGGUGCACAGGUGUCCUGUAGCGGUCCAGCUUCAGUUUACGUCAGACAAUCAGUACACACGCAGGUGUGUUUCCCAAUGGCCAGUGACAAAUGUUUAAUAAGUACUCGUGAGAUUUGCUAUUUUUAAUAAAGCAAUUGUUUUAAAUGAU